AUGCCGCAAACCGCAGCUGCGAAGUCGGGCAAUGGCCGUAAUAAAGGAACAUUCAAUAAUACCGCCGGCUUGAGUACCCUGAUCACUGUUACGGUAUUGUCAUUGGCUUGGUUGGCCGGUUUUGCAUCCCGGCUAUUUGCUGUUAUAAGAUUUGAGAGUAUAAUUCAUGAGUUCGACCCUUGGUUCAACUAUCGCUCUACGGCUUACAUGGUACAGCAUGGGUUCUACAACUUUUUGAACUGGUUUGACGAGCGUGCGUGGUACCCACUUGGACGUAUCGUGGGCGGGACAGUGUACCCAGGUCUUAUGAUAACAUCAGGGACAAUACACUGGAUACUACACACCCUAAACAUUCCUGUGCAUAUAAGAGACAUAUGUGUGUUCCUUGCACCAGUUUUUAGUGGAUUAACAGCUAUAGCAACAUAUCUUCUAACAUCAGAGUUGUGGUCUCGCGGAGCUGGUCUCUUUGCUGCCUGUUUCAUAGCCAUUGUACCAGGCUACAGCAGUCGGUCUGUGGCAGGAAGUUAUGACAAUGAGGGCAUAGCUAUAUUUGCCCUUCAGUUUACAUACUACUUGUGGCUAAAAAGUGUAAAAAGUGGAUCAGUAUUUUGGUCUAUUUGUACUGCUCUUUCUUACUUUUAUAUGGUAUCAGCAUGGGGCGGUUAUGUGUUCAUCAUCAAUCUAAUACCACUCCAUGUCUUCGUGCUGCUCAUCAUGGGUCGCUUUUCACAGAGGCUGUUUGUCAGCUACUCUGUUUUUUACAUUGUGGGAUUGUUAAUGUCUAUGCAGAUACCUUUUGUUGGAUUCCAACCGAUCCGGACUAGUGAGCAUAUGGCUGCGUCAGGUGUAUUCGCGCUGUUAAUGGCAAUUGGUGCGCUCAAGUACCUCCACAGUUUGAACCCUAAGGGCCAGUGGAAGCAACUUCUCAUUCUUGGUGGUUUGGCCGCCGCUGGUGUGGUGUUCUUAGCUGUAGUAGGACUGACGUAUAUGGGUGUCAUUGCACCUUGGAGUGGACGAUUCUAUUCGCUCUGGGAUACAGCAUAUGCAAAAAUUCACAUUCCCAUCAUAGCAUCCGUAUCUGAGCAUCAACCGACAACAUGGUCUUCGUUCUUCUUCGAUCUGCACGUACUUGUAUGCACGUUCCCAGUAGGGUUAUGGUACUGCAUCAAGAAUGUCAAUGAUGAGAGAGUCUUUGUUUCGCUAUAUGCAUUGAGCGCCGUAUACUUUGCGGGUGUGAUGGUGCGAUUGAUGUUGACUCUGACGCCCGUGGUGUGCGUGCUGUCCGGCAUCGCCUUUUCCAUUCUACUGGAGCUGGUGCUCCGAGAGGAUGAGCUGCCCGUGCCACCUGUCGAAACUGAUGACUCCAAGAACUUAUAUGAUAAGGCCGGCAAGCUUAAGAAGCGUACAUCGGAGACGGUACCUCCAGUUGACGCCGGCCUCGGUAUGAACGUGCGGUCCGGCACCCUGAUCGCCUUCAUGAUACUGCUAAUGCUGUUCUCGGUGCACUGUACCUGGGCUACGUCCAACGCCUACUCUAGUCCUAGUAUCGUACUGGCAAGCUAUGGAAAUGACGGAUCUCGUAAAAUCCUGGACGACUUCAGGGAGGCCUAUGGCUGGUUAUCACAGAAUACUGCCGAGGAUGCCAGAGUUAUGUCUUGGUGGGACUAUGGAUAUCAGAUUGCUGGAAUGGGCAACCGCACAACUCUAGUGGACAACAACACGUGGAACAACUCCCAUAUUGCCCUAGUGGGCAAGGCUAUGGCCAGUAACGAGAGCGCGGCCUACGAGAUCAUGACAAUGCUGGACGUUGACUACGUGCUGGUUAUAUUCGGUGGAGCUAUCGGUUAUUCUGGAGAUGAUAUCAAUAAGUUUAUUUGGAUGGUCAGAAUCGCGGAGGGAGAGCAUCCUAAAGAUAUUCACGAAGCAGACUAUUUCACAGAGAGAGGCGAAUAUCGGGUUGAUAAUGAAGCCUCAAAAACUAUGUUAAAUUGUUUAAUGUAUAAACUGUCGUAUUAUAGAUACGACAGUGGCGGCAGUCCGCCCGGCUACGACAGGACACGCGGCGCGCUACCCGGAAACCGCGGAUUCAAACUCACCUACCUCGAGGAGGCCUACACCACCGAGCAUUGGCUCGUCAGAAUAUACAGGGUGAAAAAACCAGACGAGUUCAAUCGCCCUCGAUUGCCGCUUGCAAAACGUACCGUCCCUACAAGCAACACUAUUUCUAAAAAGCUGGACUUAGGGGGAGAUUCGAUGACAUCUAAAAGGAGAAAAGGCAUGCUGAAGAACAAGCCGAACAUCGUGAAAGGCAAGAAGGCGGUCCGGCUGGAGUGA